AUACUUCUACACCGUAAUAUAGGACUAUAUAUUACGAUAUAUAGCGUGUGACGAUAAACGUUUAUUCCCUUGUCGCAAAUCACACUUGACGGCAAUAUUUUUCGCCAAUCGCUUUACGUGCAGUGUGGAAGGAAAUUGCCAACACAAACAAACAGGAGAGUGAACGUGACACGGAGCUCGUAGCUAAAAGAGGGGCUACUUCGGUCGCGUGGACGUGGUUUGGGUAUGAAAAAAGCCCCAGAAACCCGUCCUCUGCGAAAUAUGCCGCAGGCCGGUCCCAACAACAGGCUCAAACACCACUAACCUCUUUUACCACCUACCCAAGAAUCAUGUGAAACAGUACGGAGAGUCUACCGAUGAGACCCAAAAAAGUACAGUCGAGUGCUCAAAACAAACCCCGACUCAAACGUUGCAAGAGGCUUUUGCCCACGGCACACCAUAUGACAAAGAACCACGAAGAUGAAAGGAGAUAACAGCUGCAGUUCCAACUUACAUCUGCAAAGACAUGGCCCCAAUUUACACGUCGAGAAACGGGGGUUUCAUCAGUGGUGUUAACACACAACUCGACCCAAGAUCCACCUACCUUCUAACCUGCCAUGGCUGAACCCAAGUCCAUGGAGUCCCCAGGUUCUAGCUGUGGUGUUCCAUCACAUAGAAGCUCACAGCAGGGUCCAGAGAUGGUGUCAGUGAAGCUGGAGGACUGCAGUCAAACACUGGAACUUAAUGUGAUUGUCAAAGAGGAAGAAGAGGAGACAGAAAUCCAAGAAGAGGUGGAGGAGAGAGCAGUCAAAGAAGAAGAGGUAGAGGAGAGAGCUGUCAAAGAAGAAGUGGAGGAAAGAGCAGUCGAAGAAGAAGAAGAGGAGGAGGAAAGAGCAGUCAAAGAAGGAGAGGUGGAGAAGAGAGCAGUCAAAGAAGAAGAGGUGGAGGAGAGAGCAGUCAAAGAAGAAGAAGAGGAGGAGGAAAGAGCAGUCAAAGAAGAAGAAGAGGAGGGUGAAAGAGCAGUCAAAGAAGAAGAAGAAGAGGAGAACAGGGAAGUGUCUGCUCCAGAUCUAGAGGAAGAGGAGGAAGUAGAUAGUAUCACUGACCCAGGAGAGAGCUCCAACCCAGGUUCAGACAGUGAGCCCAGUUCCACAGCAUCAGGAAACCAUAAACAACACAGACGGAGAAACUCAAGACAGAAACAUCACCACUGCAUGGACUGCUUCACUAGUUUCUAUGAUCCAGAGGAGUUGAGAAGGCACACUUGUAGGCCCCACCCCUGCUCAGAUUGCAGAGACAGUUUUAUUUGUCCAAUUCACCUCAAAUCAAAACCGACAAAAAAAAGAAAGACACACCCAUGUGGUCAAUGUGGAAAGAGUUUUCAGACCCCAAGCAAACUAAACAUACACCAGCGAACUCACACAGGGGAGAAACCUUUCCAUUGCUCUGUUUGUGGGAAGAGUUUCUCUCUUUCACAGAACUUAAAUAGACACCAAAUAACUCACACAGGAAAGAAGCCUUUCCUCUGCUCUCAGUGUGGGAAGAGUUUCAGUCAUUCAUCAACUCUGAAGACACACCAGCUAAUUCACACAGGAGAGAAGCAUCAUCACUGCUCUCAGUGUGGGAAGGGUUUCAGUCGGGCAGGAGACCUAACGAGACACCAGUUCACUCACACAGGAAAUAAACUUUUCCACUGCUCUCAGUGUGGGAAUGGUUUCAGUCGAGUAGCAGCCCUGAAGGUACACCAGCAAACUCACACCGGAGAGAAGCCUUACCACUGCUCAGUUUGCGGGAUGAGUUUUUCCCUUUUACAGACCCUAAAUAGACACCAGCUUACGCACACACGAGAGAAGCCUAAUCACUGCUCUGAGUAUGGGAAAGGUUUCGGUCACUCAUCAAAUCUGACGACAUAUCUGUUAAAGUGAGUUCUGCUGCUUUUGUUAUGGGAAUAGGACCCCCCCCCCCCCAAAAUAGGUCAGGGGUUCUGGCAUUAAUGUCCACACAACUUGUCUCUGGAUCACUGCUCAGCGGUUACCUAACCUAUUGUUUUACCACUUCAACCCUGGGUAACAUCUUAUAAACCUUGAGUAUCAUGUAAUAAACACUGGAUGUCUAAUAAAUGAUGGUAAUCAUGGGUAUAAUAGGUAGAUAUUUGUGGAGGUGAAGGAAGAAUGGGUGACAACCUUUUAACUUGGGUGUCAUAUUAUAAACACUAGCUAUAUUAUGAAAUAAAAAUGAUAGUGGCGAAAGUAGAGGAUUCAAAGUCAUGUGUUUGAGUAUUGUAUAUUGAAAUAAUGCUUGUGGGUCACGUUGACAUUAUGGGGUAUUGUGUGUAGAUUGUUGAGGAAAAUAAAUAGUUACAUUAAUUUUAGGAUAAGGCUGUAACAAAAUGUGGAAAAAGUCCAGGGAUAUGAAUACUUUCUGAAUGCACUGUAAGGUGGUAUUUGGGCUUCAUUUUUCAAGAUUUUAUUUUUAAUCACACGAUUUUUGUAAAAGUUAUGAAGUCGACCAUAAUGCAACACACUUUGAAAGGUGGUGACCCAAGGAUGACUUUACAAAAGUGAUCCGCUUGAUCUUGCCCAGUGACUGGAGUCAGGAACGUGUGCACGUGCAUGCAAAUUGAAUGCAUUUCAAUGAAUGGGAAUGGAGCUGCUGCAUUCAAUUACUUGACGAUUACUUGAAUAAUUAGAGGUUCUCUGUAGUCUUUUUUUUAUGCUCAAAUGACUGAGGCAUAGAUUGUUAACUGUUUAUUCUAAUUUGGCACACAAAAACUAGAGGCCAUGAGUAGCUUGGUCAAUAAUAAUGGCACUGAUUGGCCUAUAGGUGGCUCUGUUAUAAGCAGCCUCACGUAAACCCUCAUAUUCUUCUCUCCAUUUGACCAAGAGACUUGAAAUUUGGUAUUAAUAUUUCUUUCCUUGUGCUGAACAUAUUUGCCUCAGGGACCCACAAGGUUUGCCAGGAUAGAGGAAAAUCUAUCUUGGAAAUUUCUGAAAACAUUUGAAAAACUUCUCAUGAACAAUAAGUCCAAAUAACACCCAAACCAUUAACUUAGUUUGAGAAAAGCUAAGGGAUUGGUUAAGAGACGGCUGAGUUAUUGAUAAAUCAGAUUUUACUUGUCCAUUUAAAUCCUUUGUAAAUCCACUCCACAAUAGCCAUAAUGGAAACUUGGGGUCAUCAAAGCCAUUACUAUGAUGAACAUUGUUAACUUUGGCAUUGAUAUCUUAAGCAAUUAAGGAAACCAUUAACAAUUCACUUUGACUAUGUAAUGCUAAUAAUAAAUCAUACAAAAUAUUA